AUGCGUGACAUAAUAGAUGUUUAUUGUGAGCCAAUUGAUGAAAAUAAUGAAAAAGAGUUGUCAAAAAACAUAAGGAGUUCAAUGAAUUCUAUGGCAAUAAAUUUAUCUUUAUGCCUUAAAAAUUUAGAUAAAAUUGAAUUAGGUGUAAUGUCAAGUUAUACAAUCGCAAAUUCUUUUAUUGUUCAUUUACGUGAAUAUAGAAAAUUUAUCGCUGCAAAUGAAUCUUUAGAUGUUUACUGUGAUAAAAACCAAUCAUCUCCAUUGGCUUUCACAACAAGUAAACAAAUUCAAACUCAAAAUUUACGUUCAUUAUCACGUCUAAUAUUAUCACGUUUCUUACCAUCAUCCGAGUCUCAAAGUCAAAUAUUAAUGGCUUUCCUUACUGAGUUAUGGACAAAUAAUAUUUUUUCACCACUACUUGAUACAAUCAGUGAUCCAGAUUGGUUAAAUUGUACCAUAGUAGACUAUCUUUCAGAUGAGGGUUCUAAUGAAGAUGAAGGUACUUUUUUCCAACAGUUAGCUUCCUCUUUAGAAGAGGAAGUGGCUGGUCUUGCUGAAAAAUUAUUGCAAGAUCCCACUACUACCACCGCCGCUUCUGCUGUUGCCACCAGUCCAUCAUCUAAUAACGAACAAGGACAAUCCAUUUAUUCACACACGAAUGAUUUAUCAUCGUUACCAUCAUCUCGACAUCAACAGCAACAACAAAAUUUAUCUCAUUAUUCUAAUACUGAUAACAAAUUCAAUAAUUUCGAUACAAGAUUCAAAAAUUUACAAUCAGUCCUUAAUCGUAAAUCAGAGAUUUUUGCUGAAUUUAUGGCAUUUCUUGAGGAAAGAGAAGCCGCAAAUUUACUUAGGUUUUGGCUUCAGGUAGACUCAUUUAAAAAAAUUGCAUCCAAUGAAAUAGAUACUAGCCUGAUCCAAGAAGACGCUAUUGGCAUAUUUAAAACAUAUUUUGGCGAGGCUGCCACUUACCCAGUUAAAAAUACGUUUUUAAUGUUUUGGAAGAAAAAAUCACCAACAAAAGAAGAAAAUUUGUUUAAAAUGAAUGAAAAUGAUGAAAAUGGAUUUUCAGGAAAACCCAUUGAAACUGAAAAAGAAUCGCAAGAAAUGAUAUUUAAUAAUCCAUAUCAUGAAAAAAAUUCAAGUUCAUCAUCAGCAAAAGACAACCACAAUGUAGAAGAUCCAUUAAUUGAAAAUUCAGAUGAAAAGUAUACGGAAGAAUUAUAUGAUAGUGAUCCAGAAACAAAUUCUGUUCACUUUAGAUCGGCAAAUACGAGGAUGGAUCUUACUGGUGUCAGUAUAAAAAUGUGUGAGGUCUCUGAAUCAAGAUUCAAUAACAUUAUUUAUUCUAAAAAAAACCUUGCAUACAUGAUAGAAGUGGAACAACCUGGUUCUACCGGAUGGAUAAUGACACGUAGUUUUGCAGAUUUUGAAGCUAUGCAUAUUGCAUUGGUAAACGAAUUUCCAAAAGCCGAGAAAGUAACCAUGCCUCGUUUAAUGUUAAAGAAAAAUUAUGAUGCAUGUCAAGAUUUGCAAAGAUAUUUAAAUAUUUUGUUGAGUGAUAGCACUUUGGCCAAGAGUGAUCCACUCCAGAAAUUUAUGAAAAGGGAUGGUCUUCCCAAUGAAGAAUUGUCUUUACCAAAAUCCAAGAGAACCAGAGGUCUUUCAAUUUUGUCAAUUCCAAAAUCAAUGUCCAUGGUAAAUCUCGUUGCAGGAGUUAAUAAUAUUGCCAAUAAUUUACAAAUAACGGAUAGCGGCGGUAAUAGAAGAAACUCUUUGGAAAAGAAAAAAUUUGGUUUUGAUUUUUCAUUACAAAAAAGUUUUUCGGAAAUUACAUCCAGGAAACCAAUAGAACCGUCGUUAUCACAAUUAUCACAACCACCGCUACUAUCAGAUCCACCUAAAAAAACGAUAGAAAAUUUUGAAAGACUAUUGCCAUCUUCGCCUAUUGAAAAUGGAUUGACAGAACGAUCGGAUGAAAUAUUUAAAUUUAAGAAAAUAGCACAUUCGGCAAAACCUAGUGUUGAUAGUAAUGCGUCAUCGUGGGUUUCUGUGACACCUACUAGCUCAAUGAACGACUCAUUUUCAGGCCAAAUCAAUUCAAAUGAUUCAAAUGAUUCAAAUAGAAUAACAACAAGAAAUAACGAUAAUUCACAUAUUUCAUCAUACGAAGACGAUAAUCAUUCUAAAAAUAACUCAGUAUCCAAAUCUAAAACCAAUAGACCAAACAAAGUUUUGACAGGACAAGAAAUUGAUAUACUGAUCGACACAGUGUUUGCGAUAGUCGAAGAAAUAUUUGAUUUAUCAAUGAAAUCACAAUGGCAUCUUCGUAAAACAGUACUUUCGGUUUUGCGAGAAGUGGUCAGAAGAUCUUAUACUGAUGCCAUCAGACAAUCAUUUCUAAUAAAUAUUCAUAAAUUGACAACUGAAGAGAAUGUAGCAUCAAUGAUUGACGAUUUCAAAAAUUCAUUUUGGCCAAAUGGUGUAUGGGAAGAAUCAGGGCCUACACGUACAGAAGAAGAAAAAAUACAAACUAAAGAGACCGCAAAAAGACUACUCCUUCAAAAGGCUAUGCCAGAAUCAUUAUUAAGAGUUAUGGGAUAUGAGAAUUCUAGAGUCAUGGUUAAUAGAUUAGUUGACGGUUUUUUGGACGAGAAAGAGAUUAUAAGAGGAAUGUUUGUUGGCAUUUUAGAAAAUAUUGUAAAAUUAAUCAUUACAGAAUAA